UGUUGAUUUUUCUUUUGGUGGGGUCCAUUCUAUGAUUUUCCUUGUCCAUCUAUUAUCUUUUAUUCUACUAAUAUGGAAAUGGAAAGAAAAAGGAUUAGACUGGGUUAAAGAUGAUAUGAUACGGAAGCAAGUGAAUGAUAUGACGAGCGAUAGCGAUGAAUGAAAAGUUACAAAAUGAGAGGUGAAAAAUGGGAUAAGUUUAAGCGUAAUAUCUUACGUUUUAAAGAUCGACUUUUUGUCCUUAGGUCCUGGAUCAGAUAAGCCAGCCGUUAUCAAGCCAAAAACUCUUAAAAAACUCGUCAUAGCAGCCGUAGGCGACGGUCACACAGGAUUCACAGGACAUUACAACUACUACGGCAUGGAUCAGCUAGCCAAGAGUCCCGAUAUAGACUUCAGUAAAAAGACGUGGAUGUAUGUCGGUGGAUACUUAGAUGGGAACGCGUGGCGCACCGGUUUAGGUGUAGGUUAUGACUAUAAGGCCAGAGGAUACAACGUGCUAUCCCUGGAUACAUUAGAGUUCACCGCAACUUAUUAUCCACUUGCUGCAAGGCUAGCCCGAGCCGUUGGUAAGCAUGUAGCUGAAAUGCUGGUCAAGCUGACGGAACAUGGUCUUGACCCAAAAAAACUAGAAAUUACAGGCAUGAGUCUCGGCGCACACACCAUGAGCUUCAUAGCCAAGAACUACAGACGGAUCACCGGACGGAAUAUUUCCUCACUCGUCUCACUGGAUCCCGCCGGCCCUUGCUUCCGCCAUCUUGGACCAAAUGAGAGAUUAGACAAGUCUGACGCUGAUUUCGUUACCACUGUUUUAACGACUAUGGACUUAUCAAGCAUAUCGUUUCCUUUCUCUCAUGUGACUUUCUAUGUCAACGGCGGGGCGUUCCAGCUCGGUCAUUUUGAUUGGUUCCCUUGCGACUAUAUAUGCAGUCAUACCAGGUCUUUUGCCAUCUGGUGGGCGGCUGUAGUAUACCCAGAAGCUUUCAUAGCAGUACGAUGUGAUACAGUGGAGCAAGCCAGAGAUGGUGAUUGCUACGAUAUACAGCCAAUGGUGACGAACACAAUGGGCCCUUUUACUGACAGAAGCAAACCUGGCAUUUAUUAUCUCCGUACGUCAAACAGGUGGCCAUUUGCGUUGGGAAAGAAAGGCCUUAAAAAGCCUACAGUUAUCGAUAAAACCAAGAAAAUCGGCAAAAAUGAAAUUUAUGUUCCUGAUAUUUUUAAGUACACAUUCUCAUAUCUUUUAAGAUUAUAUACUUAAUUUAAUUAACUCAUAGGAAUGAAUGAGACUACUUAAAAAUCUUUAGAUUUUUAUGUUAAGAUAUAAUAUUUGUUAUUUAAUACUCUUAACCCUGAAUUUUCUGCAGAGUUUUUUUCCUUACAUUCAUUUAUGUAUAAUUUGUAUGUAAUAAUGACUAUGUCAAACAGUCAAGUACCUAUGUAUAUAUUAGUUUACGAUAGUUAUAAAUAUGCAAACGAUUAACUCUUGUAUAUACAGUAAAUAUUUUUUAAAUAAAAUGACAUUUUUAAAUGCAAAUGCUUGAAUAAUGAUUUGCGUGUUUUCAAAUAUUUCAGAGUUCAUAAAUAACCCCUAAAAUUAAAAUGUAUAAGUAUUUGUUUCAUAAAGAGCAUAGUUUUUAAAUAAUAAAUAUGAAACAUUGGGUUCUAUCUAACACAACGGCCUAUAAUAGUAAUACAAAUUUUAGUAAAAUUUUGACUGGCUGAAUUUUUUUAUGAAAUGUUAACACAAAACCGACUCAUAUGAGGUAUAAAACAUGAUUUUCAAUAAAACAACAGAUCCACGUUCCAUAUUUU